AUGUCGUUGUUGACGAAAUGGGUCAAGUCGCUGGGCUCCAAGAUCACGGACAGCGUCCAUGCUCGCUACUGGCUCUGGAGGAAGCAGUCAACGGACGACAUCUUCAAGAAGCUCAAGCUCGACGGUGGACUCGACGCGAUGUUCAGCAGCCCGAAGCUCAAGACCUUGAGUACGUACGUCGACCUGGUCAACAAGAAGAACCCGGACAAGAAGGUGUCGAUGGCUGGGAUCAUCUCCAAGUCCUACGGAGACUUGGCGCUGGCGAAUAAAAUCGAGUACGUGCUGAACUACCCGAGCCAGAAGCGGAUGGCGGCGAGGCUGUCGCUCCAGCAGAGGGAGAACUGGAAGGCCGAAGGUAAGACGGCAGAGCAGGACUUCACUAUGAUGAAGCUCGACAAGGCCGGAGACGACCUCUUCCAGACGCCGCAGCUCAACUCGUGGUUCAAGUACGUGAUGUAUGCGGAGAAGGACGCCAAUUCGGCCAUGAUGUCGGUCUUAGUGUCUCGGUACGGCGACGACGGCCUCGCCAAGAUCUUCCUCAACGCUCAGCCACGCAAUCGUCGCAUGAGGUGGGUGAGUCUCAAACUGGAGACGGCCAUGGGCAACGAGUGGGUGCGUAUGGGAUACACGAGCGAAGACCUGUUCAAGCUGCUCAAGCUCGACGAGGACGUGAACAAGGUGCUCACGAACCAGGCCUUGGUCACGUGGAUCGACUUCUUGGGUCGGUACAACGCGAAGAAUCCCGAGCAGAAGACGACGCUGAUCCAGACGUUCACCAAGUUCUUCGGCGAUGAGCCGCUGGCCAGGAUGCUGGCGUCCGCGAAGAAUGUCCCCAGCACGGAGAAGAUGGCUACACGUUUGCAACAGGCGCAGUUUAACCAGUGGCUGGGCGUGAAGUCGACGGACGACGUGUUCAAGCUGCUGAAGCUCAAUGGCAAUGUGGACAACCUCCUCACCAACCCGAACUUGUCCACGUGGAUCAGCUACGCCCUUCUGUUCAACUCGAAGAACCCUGGAAAGGGGACGACGAUGAUUCAAACGUUUACCAAGUUCUUCGGCAGAGAAGACCUGGCCAAGAUGCUGGAGGCUGCCAAGAAGGUGCCGAAGACUGAGAAGUUGGCGAAGCAGUUCCAGGCCGCGCAGUUCAAGCAGUGGUUCCGGGAUGGCGUCAAGCCGCCAGAGAUCUGGAAAAUGCUCAACAUGGAGAAAGCCACGUGGAUGACGAACCCGGACGCACAAAUUUGGCGCCUGUACAAUGCCUUCUACAAAGCGAACAAGCCGAAAGUAAAUGCCUGA